AUGAAGGCAAUAAGCUUAUUCAUUUUGGUGGGAUUUAUAGAAGAGUUUCAAGUUUUUUCAAGUGCUGUCUCUCCAAUCAAUUGCCAGUGGGGUUCCUAUACCCCUUGGUCAGAAUGCAGUGGCUGUACCAAGACUCAGACUCGCAGGCGGUCAGUUGCUGUUUACAGUCAGUAUGGAGGCCACGCUUGCUCUGAAAGUGCUUUUGAAACUCAGGCCUGUGCACCUACCCGAGGAUGCCCAACAGAAGAGGGGUGUGGAGAGCGCUUCAGGUGCUUUUCAGGUCAGUGCAUCAGCAAAUCUUUGGUUUGUAAUGGAGAUUCUGACUGUGAAGAAGAUAGUUCUGAUGAAGACAGAUGUGAAAAUUCAGAAGACAUACCUUCCUGUGACCUAGACCAAGCUCCUCCAAAUGUAGAACUUACUGGAAAUGGGUUCAAUGCACUCACCGGCCAAUUCAUGAGCAGAGUCAUCAACACUAAAAGUUUUGGUGGUCAGUGCAGAAAGGUGUUUAGUGAUGAUGGAAAAUAUCCCUACAGACUGAGUGGAAAUGUCCUCUCCUACACAUUCCAGGUGAAAGUAAAUAAUGAUUUUAAUUAUGAAUAUUACAACAGUAGUUGGUAUUAUGUAAAACAAACAUCAACAUUUCAUACAUCAUCUAGCAGCAAGAGUUCCCUGUUUAGUUCAUCAUCAUCUUUUUCACAUAGCAGUUUUUCAACGAAUCAAGAAAUGCUUAAGCAAAAGAGUUAUCAGUUACUAAUUAUUCAGAACACUGUGGAAGUAGCCCAGUUUAUCAAUAACAAUCCGGAUUUUUUGCAUCUUGCUGAGCCAUUCUGGAAGGAAUUAUCCUAUCUUCCUGCCUUCUAUGAUUACAGUGCUUACCGAAAACUAAUUGACAAGUAUGGCACUCAUUAUUUACAGUCUGGGUCCUUAGGAGGAGAAUACAAAGUUCUAUUUUACUUGGAUUCAGAAAAAAUGCAACAGAAAGAUUAUACUUCAAGUGAUUUAAAAGAAUGUUUUGCCUCAAAUAUCAAUAUUUUUUUUGUUAAGUCAUCAAAGAGCAAGUGCAAGAAACUGGCCGAGAACUUAAAGGCAGCUGCAGGAGUCAGCAGCAAUAUACUCCGAGGGAAGCCCUUUGUCAAAGGGGGAAGUAUCGACUUUGUAGCUGGUCUUAGUUCCCUCGAUCUCAAUGACCCUGCUGGAAACAGAAAAAGAUAUUCUGACUGGGCAGGAUCUGUGACUGGUCUUCCCCAAGUAAUAAAUCAAAAGCUGACACCUUUAUAUGAGCUGGUAAAGGAAGUGCCCUGUGCUUCUGUGAAAAGACUCUACCUGAAGCGGGCUCUGGAGGAGUACCUGGAGGAAUUUGACCCCUGCCAUUGCCAGCCCUGCCAGAACGGUGGCAUGGCCACUGUGGAGAAGACCCAGUGCCACUGCCAGUGCAAACCGUACACCUAUGGCGUGGCGUGUGAACACGGAGUUCUCGUGGAGAAUCAUGCAGGAGGGGUUGAUGGAGGUUGGAGUUGCUGGUCCUCUUGGAGCCCUUGUGCUCAAGGGAAGAAGACAAGGAGCCGAAAAUGCAAUAACCCACCUCCCAGUGGAGGAGGGAAAUCCUGUAUUGGAGAAACAUCAGAAAGCAAGCAAUGUGAAGAUGAGGAGCUGAACCAUUUUCGGUUACUUGAACCACACUGUUUUCCUUUGCCUUCAGUUCCAACAGACUCCUGUCCACCACCGCCUUCCUUGAAAGACGGAUUUGUCCAAGAUGAAGGUUCCAUCUUUCCUCCUGGGAAAAGCAUAGUAUACACUUGCAGUGAUGGAUAUUCUCUUGUUGGAAACCCCAUUGCCAGAUGUGGAGAAGACUUGAAUUGGCUUGUUGGAGAAAUGCAUUGUCAGAAAAUAGCCUGUGUUCUACCUGAGCUGGCGGAUGGUGUGCAGAGCGAUUCCCACAAGCUUUUCUACUCAGUGGGUGAGAAGGUGACCCUUUCCUGUCCAAGUGGCAUGUCUUUAGAAGGCCCUUCAAACUUUCUUUGUGGCUCCAGCCUCAAGUGGAGUCCUGAGAUGAAGAAUAUCCACUGUGUAUGGAAAGAAGUGCCUGAGAAACAGCCAGUGCCUAAAUGUCAGCUCUGGGAGAAAGUGCAGAAUUCAAGAUGUGUCUGUAAAAUGCCUUAUGAAUGUGGAUCUUCUCUGGAUGUAUGUGCUCAGGACGAGAGAAGCAAGAGACCCCUGCCUCUGACAGUCUGCAAGAUGCAUGUUCUUGCCUGUCAUGGUAGAAAUUACACCCUUGUCGGCAGGGAGAGCUGCACUCUGAGACCCACAGCCAGGAAAGAUUGUGGUUCAUGUGCACUGUGGGAAAAAUGUGACGCCCAGAGCAGCCAAUGCAUCUGUGGAGAGGCCUCGGAGUGUGAGCAAGAGGGGUUUAGCAUUUGUGUGGUGGUGAAUGGCCAGCAGCAGACAAUGACGGAGUGCGAGGCUGGAGCCCUGAGAUGUGGGGGACAGGAUGUCUCCAUCACACGUAUCACCGCCUGCGAGGAGGGGACCCUGUAG